AUAUAUCACUUGUUUCUUUGUCGUCGCGUCCCGCGUGGAAACUGACCUAUUAUGUGGUAUCUAAAUGCCGCACAUGAUAUAGUUUAUUCUAAGCCAGAUUUAUAGUUUUGGAUAUGGAAAAAAAAUUAAAGUGGUUGACGGGUGGUGCAGAUUUUCAAAAUAUAUUUUUUGGUUAAUUUUCGAACUAAAACAUGGAACAUGUAUACUUUUGAGGCUUUUGAGGUAUAACGGCGGUAUCUAUUUCCCCCAACAACUGAAUAUAUCCUCGUUGAACUACAAGUGUACACCAGCGCUGAAUUGACUUGGACGAAUAUACGCAGACACUAUAUACGCGGGCAAAUUACUUCCCACCACACAAACAGUGUAUUGAGUAUUAAAGCCUGUCAUGCCCGCCCAUUGGAUAUACACGUAGUGUGUGUAAGCGCGUUGUGUGUAUGCACGGGAUAUAUGUUUUACACACACUGCGUGCAUGCUUCGCUGUUUGGAACGGCUAAGUUUACACAUGAAUUGAGUAUUCAUGGCUCGGACACCAAGGCGUUUCUUGAGGAUUUAGAGUAUUGGAAUAUAUCAUCGUCGAUUUUUACAUUUAUUCUGGAUUCUUAAAAGGAGUCAGUUACCUAUUGCCGCCAUGUAUCCGCAGACCAGGCAUGCAACACCCCAUCAGCCUGGGCAGCCAUUCAAAUUCACAAUUCCAGAAUCAUGUGAUCGAAUCAAAGAAGAGUUUAGCUUUUUACAGGCACAGUAUCAUACGUUAAAGAUGGAUUGUGAAAAAUUAGCUCAGGAGAAAACAGAAAUGCAAAGACAUUAUGUGAUGUACUAUGAGAUGUCAUAUGGACUCAACGUUGAAAUGCACAAACAGACAGAAAUAGCAAAACGGUUGAAUGCCAUCUGUGCUCAGAUCAUCCCAUUUUUAUCACAAGAGCAUCAACAGCAAGUAGCAGCAGCAGUAGAACGAGCUAAGCAGGUUACAAUGACAGAACUAAACGCCAUCAUUGGGCAACAGUCUGCAUUCCCACACUUCUCAGGUCAAGCAGCCAUGCAGCACCCUCUUCCCCACGCACAUGCUCCUCCAGUACCGAUGCCGCCCCACCCCGGUGCUGGGGGGUUACCAGGCAUCCCAAGCAGCAUGUCUCAGGGCCUACUGCAGCUCACUAAUGCUAUGACUUCCCAAGCUCCGUCACUACCCUCAUCAAAAGAAGAUAAAGGUCCAGAUCUGAGGAACUCCAUUUCUCCAAUGGAUCGUAAUUCAGAUAAAUACCGAAACUCAGACCAUGGUGAGGGUAGCAGUAAAAACAUGCCAAAGCGGAAAAGAGAUGACAAGGAUUCAGGGGACAGUGACUGUGAAAAAAGUGAUGAUAAUCUCAUUGUUGAUGUUGCUAAUGAGAAUCCUCCAUCACCUGCUCCAAAUGGUAGUCAAAUGUCACCGAGAGAGAGGGAAAGGGAAAGGGAAAGGGAGAGAGAAAGAGAAAGGGAAAAUGCCAUGGACAAACAUCGGGCAAAGAAAGAGAGAUCUAGCACGCCCAACAGUAUUGCAUCAAGUGCAAGCUCACCACAGUCAAAACCCAGAGAGAAUGAAAAUGAUAAACGGCCGGGAUCGCCUGCACCACCGAAAUCUGAGACGCCGACGAGCAGUGGAGCCGCAACGCCAGGUUCUAGCAGCAGUGCACAGGGUAUCAAGCCUCCAGUAAACAAAGUACCUCCAAGUAUAGGCCCUGGUGGAGUCAACCAUGAACUCAAUCCAUACAUGCCUCCCGGAAUGCCAAGUAACCUCUCACCCGGAGCACUGGGUCCAUACAGACAUCCUAUGUUUAAUCCAGGUCCUGUUCCCUUUGACCCUCAUGCGCAUACAAGAAUUUCAUCAAUUCCCGGCAUACCAGGCGGUAAACCUGCGUAUUCAUUUCACGUGAGCGCAGACGGUAAAAUGCAACCCGUACCAUUCCCACACGACGCUUUAAUCGGUCGCGGGAUACCUCGCCAUGCACGUCAAAUAAAUACUCUAAAUCACGGUGAGGUGGUGUGUGCUGUGACUAUUAGUAACCCUACCAGACAUGUCUACACGGGAGGAAAGGGUUGUGUCAAGGUGUGGGAUAUUAGCCAAUCAGGUAACAGAAGUCCAGUGUCUCAGUUAGACUGUCUAAAUAGAGAUAACUACAUCAGAUCCUGCAAGUUACUACCAGACGGGAGAACACUCCUGGUUGGAGGAGAGGCCAGUACUUUAUCCAUAUGGGAUUUAGCAGCAGCUACACCACGUAUCAAAGCUGAGCUGACGUCGAGUGCUCCUGCAUGUUAUGCCCUGGCCAUUAGCCCUGAUUCCAAAGUCUGCUUCUCGUGUUGUAGUGACGGUAACAUUGCUGUAUGGGAUCUUCACAACCAAACGCUCGUCAGGCAAUUUCAAGGGCACACUGACGGGGCAAGCUGUAUUGAUAUAUCACCAGAUGGUUCAAAGUUAUGGACAGGAGGGUUGGACAACACCGUCAGAUCAUGGGAUCUCAGAGAGGGUAGACAACUGCAGCAACAUGACUUCACAUCUCAGAUCUUCUCACUGGGAUACUGUCCUUCAGGAGAAUGGCUCGCUGUCGGGAUGGAGAGCAGUAAUGUUGAAGUCCUUCACCACACCAAGCCUGAUAAGUAUCAGUUACAUUUACACGAAAGCUGCGUUCUUUCUCUCAAGUUUGCUCACUGCGGCAAAUGGUUUGUCAGUACAGGAAAAGAUAACCUCCUCAAUGCCUGGAGGACUCCAUACGGCGCCAGCAUAUUUCAGUCCAAAGAGUCGUCGUCCGUUCUUUGCUGUGAUAUCUCAGUGGACAACAAAUUCAUUGUGACGGGAUCAGGUGACAAGAAAGCAACUGUCUAUGAAGUUAUCUACUAGAGGAACCUAUCUGGAUAGGUGCUCUUGUUGUUUUCAGCCUGUUCAGGCCAUGAACUUUGAUGGGAUUAGAUGCCGACUGUAUGAGUAUCACAUCGUGUUCCUACGGAGAUAUAUCAAAUAUCAUUGACCAAGUAUUCAUGUAAGACGUUGCUGUACAUUGACAGCAGGUGACAAUGAUGUUUUUCGUAUGAUUAUGCUCUUCGUUUUCUAUGAAUUUUUAACAAUUUUUUUUUUUCUGUCGUGUCAAGAUUCGGACCAAAGUUUUGUUGAUCUAUAAAAUGGGAUGGACGAUGAUACAGAUUCAAGCAACACCGGAA